GACUGGAGGUCAAGUGCGAAACUACCUUGCACAUCAUCGCAACACGCAAGCUCGUUCUUGAUUUUGCCCCGUCGGACGCAAGAGCAACCUCAUUCCGCAUGCGCUGGCUGUCGCUUGUCGCGGCGGUCGUCGGUCUUUUUCCCACUGUUUACGGCACGACAUGUUCGUCUUCGAGUACGUGCAACCUGAACGUCAAGUGCUCGCUGCCGUUGGCGCAGCUCAGCGUCGGUGACGCAACCACAUGCCAACAAGCCAGCACCAUUGUGCCUUGCUCGUCUUGCGCGGGCGUCGGCCAGCAGUGCCACAACGCCCCCGAGUGCAGAGAUUCGCUCUUUUACUGCGAGUUUUUGUCGGCAGCCCAAGUGGCCGCGCUUCCAGCGGGUCACCCCUGUCUGUCGACCGCGUGCCAACUGAGCAAGCAGAGUCCUGCGUGCAUCGCUUCCACGUUCCAAGCGUGCUGCGUGCCAGGCACACCGGGCUGCAACCAAACCGUGGCGCCUGCGGCUGGUUCCGGCUGCACGCCGAGCGGGUGCAGCUACUUUAUGGGGCAGCCGACGAUCACCCCCAACUACUCGGCGAUCGCGUGUCCGUUUGCGAACGCGUCGGCCACGUGCAUGACGCCGCAGUGCAACGCGUCGUCCAUCUUUCGCAAUAUUGUCAAUGUGUUCGCAGCCAACAUUGCGCUUGCAUCCCUCCGCUCGUACUACGACCUCCUCCGUCUCUUCCAUGCAAAGGACACGAUUUCGAUCUAG